CUUUAACUCUGCUAUCAGAUGACUGUGCAGAUUGAAAUGUUCUGCCCAUUGCAAUUUUAGCAAUUUGUUUUUUUUUUUUUUCCUGAAAGGCAGUUCUGUUUUUUAGUCUGUGGGGGUAGAUAUUUCUGAGAGACUUUAGUAUGAAUUCAUUGUUUGUUUCUGGCUGCGAAGAACACUGCAUGUCUAUUACUCAUUCUUUCUAUUUUGCAUGCGAUGGAAGAGAUCACAAGUAUGAAACUAGAGUUUCCACUUCCUCGUUCUGAACAGUAAGAUGGCACACUUGUCAGCUAGUAAAUGUUUAAAACAGUUAACUUCUUGAAUGCAUGCAUACACUAUUUCAUCUGUAAAAGGUUUGCUGUAGUUUGCAUUCUGUGAUUUCUGGCUUGUGGGAGGACACUAGAAUAUAAAGCAAUGUUCCAGCCCCUUGUGUUUCUUUAUUUUGACUGAUCAUGGGAUUAGUAACAGACAAUGGCUUCCUGCUGCACGCUUCAAGAUUUAUGUGAAUAUGAAACUACAAGAUCUGUUCGCAUAAAAAGUGUUCGGCUUGGAUUGUUGAAGUGGAUCAUUCAUGGAAUUAUUUUUUUAUGCAUUUGUGGUAUGCUGUUGUGGGACAAAUGUUACCAGGAUACUGAUUCUGUCUUAAGCUCAGUCACAACCAAAGUCAAAGGUGUGGCAAAAACAGAAGUUGAUGGCUUGAAUGGACGGAUAUGGGAUGUAGCUGACUAUAGUGCACCUGUACAGGGAAAGAAUUCAUUUUUUGUGAUGACAAAUUUAAUAAUAACUGAAAACCAAAGACAAGGAUUCUGCCCUGAGUAUCCAACACCUGUGUAUCUAACACCUACGACUACAUGUAACUCAGAUAAAGAUUGUGAAAAAGGGCGCACAGUCCCACAAGGAAAUGGAUUUCAGACUGGUAAAUGUAUACAGUAUCAGAAUAAUAAAAAAUCAUGUGAAAUACAUGGCUGGUGCCCAGUGGAAAAAGUAAUGGAUGCACCACGACCUGCAGUCUUAAAAAGCUCAGAAAACUUCACCGUAUUAGUGAAAAACAGUAUUAAGUUUCCAAAAUUCCAGUAUACUAGGAGAAACAUUUUACCUAAUUUUAAUGAAUCCUACCUAAAGAAAUGUAGAUUUCAUCAUAUGAGAGAUCCAUACUGCCCAGUUUUCAGAUUAGGAGCCAUUCUCGAAGCAGCAAAAGAAAAUUUUUCGGAUAUGGCUAUUGAGGGUGGUGUCAUGGCAAUACAAAUUAACUGGGACUGCAACCUUGAUAAAUGGAACCACAAGUGUGAACCUAAGUACUCAUUUCAUCGUUUGGAUAACAGAAAUGUCAAUGAAACCUUGUCACCUGGAUACAAUUUUAGAUUUGCAAGGUACUACAAAUUUCCCAAUGGAACAGAAGAAAGGACAUUAAUUAAAGCCUAUGGAAUACGAUUUGAUGUCCUGGUCUCUGGAAAAGCUGGAAAAUUUGAUAUUAUCGAACUGAUUAUAUAUAUUGGAUCCACUUUAUCAUACUAUGGACUGACUGCACUUUUGAUUGACUUGUUCAUUACAACAUAUAUUUACCCUUGCUGCCACCAAAAAAAUGUUAAGGAAUAUUACGUAAAGAAGAUUUAUAAAGAUGUGCAGAAACCUAAGCGGAAUGUUUUUUACAUUUCACACGUUGAUGAGGCACAGAUUGAUGUUGUUGAAGGACCACUGAAAUCGAACCUUCAGGAAGCAAAAAGAAAAAACAGACUGGAAUAUGAAGCAGGUCAAAGUCAUCUCACUGCAUCAUUAGCACAACAUUUUACUGCUGAGAAUGAGCUAGAAAUGCAGCCAUCAAGGAACAAAAGUCAAACUUCAGCAAAGCAGCCAACGAAAACACCAAGCUGGUGUCACUGUGGAAAAUGCCACCCAAUGCCUAGUUAUGAGGAACAACUGUGCUGCCGCAAAAGCGAUGGUGAAUGCAUUACACAAUCGUCAUUGUUUGGACACCUUGUUUUGUCUAGAACAACCCUGGAGUUUUCUUUACUCUACAGAGAACCUUUACUUACAUUGCACCAGGAAAUAAAUAACAACAAAUUACGUCACAUCUCAUACAAACAGUACAUCAGUUGGCGUUUUGGGGCUUUACAGGCACUGAAUGCUGCUGUGAUACCAAGUUGCAGCAUAUGGGAAAUUAGAAACCACUAUCCCAGUAUAGAUGGACAUUAUACGGGUCUCCAUGACUGAACAAAAUGAAACAGAUUUUGCAGUGUUUUUAGUUAUUUUACUUAACAUAUCUAACUGAACUAAUAACUUAGUUGGUUAAGUUCUAACAGAGACAUUUUUUAACACUAACUAGAAAUGCUUCAUGCAAUGUUGAAAUGGAUGGCUGGAUGAUAGAACCAUAUCUACAGUAGUACGGCAUUAUAACAGAAAAUGUUUUUUUAACUACAUGGCAACUUGAGAAAAAGUACUAAUGUAAUACAGAGGUAUGCAUGCAUGUUCAUUGUAAACAACUGCAAAUGGUACAAUCUGAAACAUUUGUAAUAUCUGAAUGUAUUCAAACUGGGUGAUAGCUUUAGUGUCCUGACUUUGAUUUCAAUUUGGAAGGUUUACUAAAUUCUGUUCUUGAAGUGA